AUGACGGCCGCCCCUAGGAAGCAGUCGAAGACGUACAAGGUCCCCAAGCGUCCGUACGAGGCCGCCAGACUCGACGCCGAGCUCAAGGUGAGCAGAAUACCGAUGGACGGAUCAAGAGAAGUUCUGGUCGGACGAAUCGGAGGAUGGAAGUUGGCGGGCGGCGGCGUCGGAUCGACUGCGACCGCAUAUGACGGAGAACGCACUGCCCGAUGGCUGGAGAACUUGGAAUAUUUGGUUGGACGAUUGUCGGCAGAUGAAGUCAGACAGGAUCAAUGUUGGAAAAUUUGGCGUGGCAGGAACAACGAGACGACCGAUUUUGCGACCUCUCCGAUAUCGUUUACGCUGUUCCUCGACGACCAGAACUUCUCGAAAACUUGCUCCAGAAAUCGCGCAAUCACCGAGAGACGAAGUGCUAACAUACAGCUCGCCGGCGAGUACGGUCUCCGCAACAAGCGCGAGAUCUGGCGCAUUCAGCUCACCCUCUCCAAGAUCCGUCGUGCUGCUCGUGACCUCCUGAAGCUCGACGAGAAGGACCCCAAGCGUCUCUUCGAGGGCAACGCUCUUAUCCGUCGUCUCGUCCGCAUUGGUGUCCUUGACGACACCCGCAUGCGUCUCGACUACGUCCUUGCCCUCAAGACCGAGGACUUCCUUGAGCGCCGUCUCCAGACCCAGGUCUUCAAGCUCGGCCUCGCCAAGUCUGUCCACCACGCCCGUGUCCUCAUCCGCCAGCGCCACAUCCGCGUCGGCAAGCAGGUCGUCAACGUCCCCUCGUUCGUCGUCCGUCUCGACUCGCAGAAGCACAUUGACUUCUCCCUCAAGUCGCCCUACGGCGGUGGCCGCCCCGGCCGUGUUAAGCGCAAGCGCGCCAAGGCCGCCGAGGGUGCCGGCGGUGACGACGCCGAGGAGGACGAGGAGUAA